AUUUUUUCGAUUGCAGCGGCACCAACACAUAAACAGAACCCAAAGCAAGUGGAAAGCUUUCCAUGGAAAAUUCCGUUAUAGGAUGGAGCAAGCAGUGGAAGCAAUCAACGCACGCUACCCUUGCAGGGAAGACUUAGUACGAAAGUUAUACCAGCUGUAUGGAGAUGGAGGUCAGUUCCCUCCGGCGCUCUAUCUGUACGGCCACACGUCGACGGGGAAGAGUUCGAUCGUGCAGGCCCUGCUGCACCGUUUGGCCGGAACCAAGUACGCGAUUCUCAACGCGAUCGAGUGUUACACGAAUAAGAUUCUGUUCGAGUCCAUCGUGAAUGAGCUGGAGGGACAUGUGCUGAGUGUGGAGAAUGGCUACAGUUCUCUGGUGACUUGUGAUUGUAUGAAGGAUUUCGUCGGCAAGCUGCAGGAACUGGAUGCGACCCAGAAUUACAUCAUAGUGCUGGAAAAUGCUGAGCGCGUGCGGGAUAUGGAUCAUAAUGUUCUGCCAAUGUUGCUGCGGCUGCCGGAAGUUACGGGGCUAAAUAUUUCAGUGAUUCUCGUGUCCGAUUUGCCGUUCGCGAAGUACUACAUAAGAACGGGUCUGUCACCCAUUGUGAGGUUGUUCGUUCCGGAGUACAGCAAGAAGGAUAUCCUUGCCAUAAUGCUGAUGGAUUUCGAGACUAUUAGAGAACAACUGGGAGAGGACAUUAAAUCACAGGCUAGCAGUCCCUCGAAUGGUACCCAGCUGCUGUCGGAAGAUGAAACGGCCAAGCGGCUGAAAAUCUUAUCCAAUCUUUCGAGCGGUUUCUAUGAAAACUAUCUCAGCAUCUUUCUGAAUGUGUUCUUCAAGGUCUGUCGAGAUCUGAAAGAGCUUCAGCUGGUUUCUUUCGAAUGCUUCCAGAAGUAUUGCGAGCCGGUUUUGGACGGUUCAAUUUCUCCGGAUGAUGUUACAAAAUUGUGGCGCCAUAUCUCGAAAACUAUGAAACUUUCUCUGAGCACUAUCUAUAUGCGAAUGGGUCAUGUUAGCCGCCAGGAGCAGAGCCGGCCGGCAGCCGAUCAGUUGUGUUCGGAAUCGGUCGAACAGCUGCAAACGAUGAGGCGUAUGGCGCAGAACCUGGAGCUGCCAUUUUACGCCAAGUAUCUGCUGAUUGCCGCCUACUUGGCCAGCCAUAACGCAGCCAAGGAGGACAAGCGUUUGUUCAUGAAAAACCACGGCAAGCAAAAGAAGCGGCUGCAGUCGGUGAAUGCCAAAGCGCGAGUUUCAGAGAAAAUGGCUACCCAGCUUGGUCCGAAAUCGUUCACCGUCGAUCGACUGCUGGCCAUAUUUUACGCUAUUCUGGAUGAGAAGGUUGGCUUGACGUGUAAUUUGCUGGCGCAAAUCUCCACCCUCAUUCAUUUGAAGUUUUUGAUUUUUGCCUCCGGCGAGGGCAGCAUCAUGGAUGGCAACGGCAGACUGCAGUGUACCGUCGGGAUGGACUUCAUCAUGCACAUCGGAAAGAUGGUCGGAUUCAACGUCCGACAGUAUUUGUGUGAUUUCUUUUAGUCCCUUUUGUUUGAGUGAGUGUUCUUCACCGAUAAUUUAUUCUUGUCUAACUUGUUAUAAUUUUCAAUAAAUAAUGUGGCAAAUCGGAAA